CGCUCUCGGAGUCUCGUCCUCCCUUCCACUCUUUAUACCUCUCCGGCCGCGCAGCCCACUUGACAGAAGGCCCAAUCGCAUAUAUACAGAGUCUGGACUCUGGCGUCGCCUCUCAGGCAAAACUUGGUGAGCAUAGCACAUGGCACAACACAGCGAAGAUGAGAAAGGAGAUUGCCAACAAAAGGAGUUUUCAGCAGCGCGUCGAUUUCUGCUAUGUUUGCCCAGUCUCUACUUCAAAGACAACAGUUUGCCCAUUAUUCAGGAAACCGUGGACUUCUCGUCUGGCGGCAGAGUACGCGAGAAGAUCGUUGAGAAAUGCACGAAUUACUUUGUUUUCUUGGGCGAUCUUCAGGCCAUAAAGUACAUCGUGGAGCAGGACACAAAAAGCAAGAUAGUUAUAAUAUCGACAGAAACUCCCUGGGAAGUAAAGGAUUUUUUAAAAAGUCAUUUGUCAAAGAAUUAUUUAAAUCUGCUGAUCAUGGCUUACAGUGCUAGUAGUAGAAACGAUGGCUCUUAUUUGCUUUACACGCACAAACUUUACGCCGAGGGCAGUGGAUCUACGCAGCCAAUGCUACUGUCUUCUUGGAUAAACAACAAUCUAACUAUCAGGGACGUUAAUCUCUUUCCUGAAAAACUAACGAAAGGAUUUAUGGGUCAUCGUUUGCUUGUAUCCGCUGCUGAAAAUCCGCCAUUCACUAUAAAAAAAUCACUAUGGGGUUCAGAUGAUUCGAACUGGGACGGCAUCGAAAUUAGACUUUUGAAAUUAUCAGCAAAGUACCUCAACUUCACCAUAGAAUUUACUGAUGCUCGUACCUCUGCUUACAGUCCUAUUGACGCCGUUAAGAGAGAUGUCUUACUUGGUUUAACUUCAGCAGCAGUGGGUGGUAUUUAUUUGACUCAGGAGUUGAGUGAAUCUUUCGACGCGACGUUACCUCAUGCCGAAGACUGCGCUGCUUUUAUUUCCUUGGCAUCUACUGCUAUACCAAAAUAUCGAGCAAUUUUGGGACCGUUUCAGCUAUCAGUCUGGCUGCUUCUCUGCGCUGCCUACUUCGUUCUGAUUAUACCGCUAUCAUUUAAUAGUAAUUAUACGAUUCUCUCACUGUUCAAGCACCCUUCAGGGCUGAACAACAUGUUCUGGUUUGUCUUUAGUACAUAUACCAACUCAUUCGUUGUGGAGAACCCGCUCUUAAAUUAUGGGAUAGCAAAGAAUUCUAUAACUAUACUUCUGGGUAUAUAUUGGAUUUUCACCAUCAUAGUUACUGCAUGCUACACUGGUUCGAUCGUUGCAUUUAUAACGCUUCCCGUUUAUCCAUCUGCAAUUGAAAGCGCUGCAGAGUUCUUGGCUUAUCGCUAUCGAAUCGGCACGUUGGAUCACAAUGGCUGGGAGAAUUGGUUCAAUGUCAAUACAACGGACGAUCCUUUACUUCAAUCGCUGUUUCGAAAAAUGGAAUACCUUCCGACAUUGCUGGAAGGAGUUCAUAAUGCGAGUCGCGCAUAUUUCUGGCCCUACGCGUUUUUGGCUUCCAAGACCUCGCUCGAAUAUAUUAUUCAGACAGAUUUUGCCCCAACUUGGACAACGAAACGCACUCUAAUGCACGUCAGUGACGAGUGCUUUGUUCGCUAUAAUGUCGUGCAGUUAUUUCCUGCCAAAUCCCUCUAUACCAAAUCGAUGAAUGGCUUCGUAGCACGAGUCACCGAAACUGGCUUACUAGACAAAAUUAUUAACGACAUCGAGUGGGAAAUGCAGCGCGUCGCCAUGAUGACCAAAAAACAGAUAACAAAGUCAAUUUCAAAAAAAAUCAAAGUGGAAGACCGAGAACUGACCGUGGAAGAUACCCAAGGCAUGUUUCUGAUCCUUGGCUCCGGUUUUCUCAUGGCUAUGCUUGCUCUGGCCCUUGAAUCAUUAUACAGUUACUUUAAAAAACGAAAUAUAAAAAAAGACAGCGUAAGUGAAAUGGAAGGCACUGACUGGAUGACAGAAAGUCAAGUGAUGGGCUCUUGGAUUUACGGAAAGGAUGCUUUUCCUGGUAUGAGGCAGAGACCGGCCAGAGGGAGUGUUUAAAAUUAAAUUCUUGUUACAAAAUUAAAUAUAAAAUUAGUUGUUAAAACCGGAUCUGAAAUUAAAAGUAUAUUUGUCAUGUGUCAA